GCGGCGUCCAUGGACAGUAUGGUCACAGACGUCUAUGAUUUCUAUGAAGUCUGUGCGUGUAAUGCUCAGAGGGUCUGAAGUCUAGGUUUUUACGUGUAUUCUUUGUUAUCUUUGAAGUGAAAAAAACUAUUAAAAUAAUGUCUGUAGAACUCACACAUGAAAAAACUGAUGACAGUGUGUGUGCUGACAAAUCUCAAUCGCAAAUUGACCAUGUACCCAUGUCCAAAAAUCAGCUGAAAAAGCUAAAAAAGCGCGAGAAAUGGUUGCAAUUCAAGGCACAAAAAAGGUUAGUGGAGAAAGAGAAACGCAAAAAGAGGCUGGCUGAAAUGAGAGAAAAAGGUGAUGACAUUGGGCCAUCUAGAAAGACUCUUAAGAGAAACUCCAUGAAACAUUCAGCAUGCCAACAAAAAGUUGUGAUAGAUUGCUCUUUUGAUGACUACAUGACAGACAAGGAUAUUACCUUCUUGACGCAGCAGCUACAACACAGCUAUGCUGCAAAUAGAAGAGCUGAAAAUCCGCUGCAACUGUAUGUGUGUGGCAUGAGGGGUCGGACUAAACAGCGCCUAGACAGUAUUGGAGAUUACAAAGGAUGGGAUGUUUUUAAGGAAGAACGUGACUACAAUGAAGUUUUCCCUAAAGAAGAUAUUGUCUACUUGAGCAGUGAGUCCGCUAACAUACUUGACCAGCUGGAUGAUCGGAAAGUCUAUGUCAUUGGAGGUCUUGUUGACCAUAACCAUCAUAAAGGUCUAUGUCAUAGACUAGCAGAAGAAAAAGGGAUUGCACAUGCACAGCUACCUAUUGGCCAGUUUUUGCAUCUGAAGUCAAGAAAAGUACUGACCAUCAACCAUGUGUUCGAAAUUCUCUUGCGGUUUACUGAAACCAAAGACUGGCAGACAUCAUUUUUGGCAGUUUUACCUCAAAGAAAAGGUGUUUCAGUGAUAGAAGAAGUAACUGAGACCAGAAACAACGGUUCUGAACCAAACCAUGCUGUUCUUGAAAAAAGGAAAUGUGAAACAAAUGAACAGAACAUUGAACCGAAGGAGGAUCCUGACACAAGAUAGUUCUCCUGAAAAACCUGAGAGUGCAUGCAAGAGCAUCUGAACAGUGAACUUAAUGAAAUAUUAAUUAUAAUGUUGACAAAUUAAAAAAACAAAACUUA